AUGGCGUACUUCAACAUAGUGAGGUCACUAUUUGGCCCCGGUGUACUGAUUAUGCCUUUAGCCAUAAGUCAGACCGGUCUCAUUUUGGGACCUAUUCUGGGGCUUUCUUAUGGACUUCUGCUCGUACAUACACACAUCAUGUUGCUAAAAAGUCUUACUGAAAUAGCGAGACAAUUAAAGAUACCAUAUAUAUCGUAUAGAUAUGGCUUUCGGUUGGCAGUGCUUCAUGGUCCGCCCAUUUUCAACGGCAUUGGAAAAUGUGGUCCACAAAUUAUAGCAAUAUUUAUGUUUAUGAGUCAGCUUGGAAUUUGUACAAUUUUCGUAAUUUUAACUUCGGACAGUGUGAGAGAUCUCAUGGACUGGCAGAGUAAUAAUACAGCUCUGUUAGCGUUGCUGCCUCCUUUUCUAUUAUUGGAGUUUUGCAUGAAAACCUUGUCCAUUGUCAGCUACAUCGCAUUGGCAGGUACUAUGUUGAAUUUGAUGGGAUUAGUACUGGUGAUAUACCAGACAUUAAGUGACCCUGUGAAGAUAUACAAGUACGCAGCUGAUGAAUUGAUGCCCAUACUAUACGCGUGUGGAGCUUACUUAUGUAACUUAAGUGCAGUUGGUGUGAUCCUGCAACUGGACAAAAAUUUGGUGAAUCCUAGGAUAAUGACGAGCAAGUUUGGCGUGAUCCCCGUUGGGAUGUUGGUGCCCACUGUGGUCAGCAUGAUUGUUGGAGUCCUAGGUUACUGGUCUUUCGGCACCAUGGAAGAGAAUAUCCUUCGAGUACUACCGCUUGACGAAGUCACAGCAUUGAUAAUUCUCUCCGUUUACGUGAUAUCUGUGACGUUCGCAUACCCCAUACAAUGUUAUCCAGCUAUCGCCGUUGUAAUAGAAGUAAUUAAGUACCAUGAUCCCAUGGUUGUUCCUGGAGCUAAAAUGCUGCAUAGAAUAGAGACCUUUGGACGACCGCUAUUCGUAUUGUUAACCUUUACGAUUUGCUACUUCGUACCAUUCCAAGCUCCUUUCGUGGCGUUUACGGGGAACCUCUGUACCGCAAUGGUAUCUGUGGUCUUUCCAGCUCUCAUGGACAUCUGCUUGAAGUACCCUGACGAGUACGGUUACAUGAACUUCCAUUUAAUCAAGAACCUUCUUCUUAUAGCCCUAGGCCUCUUUAAUUGGAUCGUGGGCGCAUUCAUGUGUGGUUACAUCAUACACGUGAGGAUUCUCUCGAGGAACUCGCCAAACAAUCCGGGAUUUUAUUAA